CAAAUGCUAGGCGCCUACUGUGUUCAUCCACCUUUCCUUCUCCAUAUAUAAACAACCCCACUCCUUCACCCUUUCGCCUCAUCCUCAUUCUUCGCCACACCCCUAAAGUAACAAACAAAUAUAAACCCCAAAAGAGAGAGAGAGAAAAGGGAAAAGAAAAGAGAAGAGAAGGUUUUCUUCUUUUUUACUGUCGAGUAAGUGAUUAAAGAUGGAAGCAGUGAAUGGAUGCUCAUCUUCUACAUCAUCAUCUGAUGCAUCUUCUUCGGAUUCGUAUUUAUCUGCAAGGGGUUCAAACAGAGCUGAGAAGAUCAAAGGUCCUUGGAGUGCUGAGGAAGAUAGGAUUUUGACUCGACUUGUUGAGAGAUAUGGGCCUAGAAACUGGUCUUUGAUUAGCCGAUAUAUAAAGGGUCGAUCAGGGAAAUCUUGCAGGCUUAGAUGGUGUAACCAGCUUAGCCCCAAUGUUGAGCACCGUCCGUUUUCCCAAGCUGAGGAUGAUACCAUCUUGGCCGCUCAUGCUCGGUAUGGUAACAGGUGGGCCACCAUUGCUAGAUUGCUGCCGGGAAGGACUGAUAAUGCUGUGAAAAACCAUUGGAACUCGACGUUGAAGAGGAGGGCAAGGGAAGGGCAACAUCAUCAUCAACAGCAACAGCAACAAGAACAUCAGCAACAGAUCUUACGGGUUACUCAUCAGCCAAUGGAUGGUGGCGAUCAUUGUGCAUUGGGAUCUACGGAAGUGAUGAUAGAAGAGGAAGCGUUGACGGCGUUGACUCUAGCGCCGCCUGGUAGUGGUGUUAGUAGUAGAAGUGCGGUGGUUGUGGCGGAGAGGAGGAGAGAGGAAAGGGUGCCGGCGGAGUUUUGGGAUGUGAUGAGAGAUGUGAUAGCAAGAGAGGUUAGAGAAUAUAUGAGCUCCACGUUAUCAGCUGAGACAUCAGCGUUUCAUUAAGACCAAAAGAGAAAAAGGCUAAUUAAGAUUAAGCCAAUGUGUUUUAUGUUUUUUAUGGUCUAGUUUGGGGGGAGGUUUUCCAUUUGUCUUGGUGUUAAUAUGGGUGAUCUUUGUUUCUUUUCCUUGGUUCUUUAAAGGGCAAAAGAACUUUGAACAAAUGUCAGAUUUCAUGAAUGAAUAUGGCCUGUGCUCCAGGCAUUAAACUAA